AUGGUAACAGUACCCAUAUUGUUCACUAUUUUAAUAUACUUAGGGAUCACAAGCAACUUUACAACAGCUUUACCAAUUGUCUUAACACAAAAAGAAUAUUUUGAACUCCACGGUUAUAAACCAAAUGGUUCAUUUCAAGAAUUUAUGGAUGAGUUCACAAUAAAUGAUCCAUAUUUAGAAUAUCAUUUUGAUAAUGUUACAAACGUUAGUAUGAUUUCACAGACUGAAAUCCCAGGUUAUAACCCACCACGGCCAAGUAGGGUUUAUAAGAAUCCAAAAGCUCCUUUUGCUACACAUCAAAAAGUUGGUUUAGGAAUUGCAUGUUUAUUGGGAGUAUUUAUAAUUUGUGGUUGUAUUUUAGGUCAUAUGAAAAUGAUUACUGCUUAUAGAAGUGAAAUGUAUUUUAUCAAUGCAGAAUGUUUUGUUAAUGAGUAUACAAGAUGGGAUAUCACAAGGAGAAAGUAUUUCAGUUUCCCAUUUGCGGUCAUUUGUGGACUGGGGAUAAUAUUAUUCAUACCUUAUGUUGUUCUAGCUACAGUCAUGAUUCCAGUUCUAUUGAUAUCUUUGAUUAUUGGUGGAAGAGCAAAAGCUGCAAUAGUGUUUUGCAAGUUUUUAAGAGGGAUAGGCUUAGAUUUGACUUUAGUGGAGAUGCAGAACUUUUCUGACUUGGUAUCAGGUAAGAAAAAGGAUCAUAUUAUAGAUGAAGAAGCAAUUGAAUUGGAAAAAUUGAGAAAUUCAAAUGUCAUCACCAGGAAACAAAUAGAGGAAUAUCCAAUAAGUCCAUUGAGUCCAUUUAAUAACGCACAUGAUUAUCUUGUUCCACGAGAAGGUUUUAUUGAUUCUAAGACAUAUAAAAAAGUCAUAGCUGAUGAUGAUCAAAAGGUUAAAAGUGAAAGUUGUGCAAUUUGUAUUGAUGAAUUUGAAGAUAAUUCAAAAAUGUAUAUUUUACCAUGUCAACAUUAUUUCCAUGCUAGCUGUCUUGCUCAAGAGAGGAAAGUUAAUAUGAGAGAUGCAUUAAGAUGUCCGUUAUGUAAAUUGAAUUUGUUGAGAUAUUAUAUUUAUUAUAAAGAACAUGGAUUAAAUCCCAAAUAUAGUAAGUUUGAUAAUACCAAGGAAGUGGAUCAUACUGCUGAAACACCAGAUGAUACAUGA